GGGGAGAGGCGGCUCGGGCGGGAAGGGAGCGGCUUCCCCUCCGCAGUGCCCCUCGCCCCGAGUCUGUAACUCGCUUUGGACUCUCAAUAAAGCGUACCGUGGGAGCAUAACAGUGAGAUACGAUGUGUUAGUGCGGAUUGUCGUUUUUUUGUUCUGAUUUCCCCAAAUAGUCGAAGUAGUUUCCGUUGGUGGGACGCUGGUGGCACGUCGGUGAAAUCCCCUGUAGGAAGUCGUCUGUGGUAGUUCUCAAGGCAUUUGUGUAUUUUCCUUUGACCUGCGUGCUAAGGUGGCUUUGAUUUAACGGCGAAUGCUUCAUAGUAGCAUUAAAUGUGCUCAGAGUUGUGAAUGCAUACUCUGUAGUUCUUCAGCCUAUUUUAAGUUACUCGUUACUUCUGAAUUAUUAGUAAGAUUGUGCAGUUAGCUGAGUUUUGUAUGCAUACAAGUAUCUGCAAGGGAACAUAACUGUGCCAUAUAAGUAGGGUUAAGAGUAUAUGUGGCAGAUCAGCAUACUCUAAAUAGAGACUUUUUCAUGACCUACUUUUUUUGCUGAAAACACUUUGUUUUCUAGUUGGAUUUUUUUAAGGCUGUGUGCCAGACAGAAACUGUCGAGGAAGAUUCCUCAUGAUAAAAUGGAUGUUCUUGGUAGGAGGUGGAUGAUUUUGAUUUGAUGGUAUUUUCAAGCUUAAUCAACCUGAGACAUUCUCCUAAGGCUGUGGUACAGUUCAAAGGCUGCACCACAAGCCCUUGGAUUCUUCAUAUCAAUCACAGCUGCUGCAAAUUAACCUUUUUGGUAUCUAGUGCCAAAUUUAUUUGUGAAAACUGUAGGUUGUUGGCAGUGCCAAUCCAAAUCUUGGUGCCAAUGGUUCACCCUUGUUGCAUAACACUCUUUAGAUGUUACAGAUAAUGGCCAAAUCUCUGCUCUCCUAUGUAAAAAAAGAUGUAGAAAAGUCUUUUUUUUAUUUGAGUUAUUUGAGUUCAUUGCUGAUUGGUGCUUAAGUUAAUGUGUGAGCCUAAUAGGAGGGCAGACCUGCAUUACUGACAGGCCUGGCUGUCUUUGCCACUAAGCUAUUCAACAAUGUUUGCUUUUCUGAGAUCAGGUAUUUUUCAUCUGAUGCAUGUCUGACAUGAAGGUCAUGUUGCUGUUCAAGCAAACUAGAGAGAAUUUAAUUACAAAUACAACAGUCAGAGGAAAGCAGAAAAUACUGGAAUUAAAGCUGACUGCAGUUAACAUAUUAGUGUAAUUUUCACUAUCAUGAUAGCAGUGUGGAUAGUCUAUGAUAUCUAAAUCAAUAUUUGAAGUAUUGGUUGUGAAAUCAUUGUCAAAAGAUGUUUGAUUCAUGUAGGAAACAGACGGGAACUUUUUGAGUUUGUAAGUUGCUAUAAUCACUGGUAAUUGAUAAUGUACAUUAAAGUGAUAUCAGAGUGUUCAUGAGAUUCUAACUACUCUAUGCUGAACUUCAAAAUAUUAUUGACCUUGGUAUGGACAGGCACAUAAGGUUAGCUAGAAAUGGCCAUUCUGAAUUUCUAGCAAUAGUGUGAGAUGUUGAAAUCAGUAGGGUAGUAGCAUUUUUGAAGGUCAGAUCUGGGGAAGCAGGUUAAAUUGGUUUUUUCUUCAGUAGUGGGGAGAAAAGGACAUUCUCAAAGGGUGUUAUUUUUCCAGAUAUAAUGGAUGUGAGAGAUGAUGGGUCUCCAGCCAUCUUCUCAGUGCAAUUCUGCCAUCUGUCACUUGAGCAGAGAAAAGUGUUUAAUGAGCCUUUAAUGGAACUUGGUGAUUUAAAGCCCUUAUCAGAGACACUCUGUGUGUUGAUUCAGGUACCUGUGAUGCUGCAGUCCAUGCUCCUCCAGAGGGAGGGUGUCCCUUUCAGGGGUGCACCUGGGGACAGACACUGGGCUGGGAGGUCUCCGUGCUGCCAGAUGUUCUGCAGCAGCUGGUGUGGGCCUGUUGGUCUUGCCCAGCUGGUGCUCAGCACUGCAGUGGUAGAAGAGGAGCGGGUCUGGGCUCUGGGGGGCAGGACACCACCCUGAGAGAUGCUGAGCCAAACUUGAUUUGAAUUUGGGCUGCAGUCUCUGCUGCUCUGUUGUCUGUAGACUCUGGUGUGGUAGCCAGGCAUCCCAAGCUGCCAGCUUUUAGCUCCACUUGCUUCCCACAGAGCCUUCACACACAGUUCCACCUAAACUCCUGCUGAGUGCUAUUCUGCACCCUUCUGGUAACUGUGUCAUCUUUAUUGAGGGGAUAAAAACCUGAAUCUAAGAUGGAUGCAAAGAAGUAGUAUAAUUUUCCUUUGAACAUAAGUAAAACAGCAAUAAUAAUUUGAUGUUAGUUUAAUUGCCAGCUAAUUGUGGCAUCUGGCUAAUGAGACUGUGCAGAAUACAUUGCAGUAAUGUGGAAGUUCAGGAGCUGAUUGAAUCAGAGAAGUCUAAACCCAGCAGAAGCUCUUCCCUAUUUACUCACUUGUAGACAAAACCCUCUCCACACAUUUGUGUAGGAGCUCUUAGAAGCCUGAAAACAUAAAACAUUAUCACAUUGCCAUAAGAGUAACUCCAACAGUCUCAAGUCUUUAUUUCAGAGCCAGUGAUGCUUUUAUUCUCCAAAAAAGUCCUCAUGCAAAGUGUUACACAGCUGUCAUGCUAGCAGAGCUUGAUGGAAAUGACACAGUGAAGAGAACCCUCAAACACUGUUCAGCAGAGUUGAUUUUAGCACUGUGGAGUAGCAGCAGACUGCUCUUUGAAAUAGCAAUCUCAUUUCAAUUUUAAAUGUAUUGUUGUAUCUUGCUUGUGAUAGUGUCACUGCACUAUUGUAGAGUUGCUGAGCCAUCUUGAGAGAGCAGCUGGAAGGGUUUUGUGGGAUGGGAGGCUGGGGCUCUGCAGACCCUUCUCACUCUGUCCAGGACUGUGGGUGAGUGUAGGGGAGGUUGGAUGUGUUGUUGUCACUGGGGGGUUUCUUACAGUGCCAGUCCUUGGGAUGGGCUGCCAAGUGGAAAUCAGCCUUGGGUUGACAACUCUUCAGAAAUUUUGUGAGUGCUAGUAUUCGUUGCUUAAAAGUAAAUAAACGUGCAUGAGUUUUGUUGGAAAUGCCUCUUUGUUUGCUGCUGUUAGUGCAUCAGUGACAUGGUAAUGGGAUUUUUAUUAUUUUAGUUGAACAGUGGGAUUUUGUGAGUUUUUGUCUUUUUUCCACUAGAUGGCCCAAGCACGCUUCAAUGAGAACUGAAACUUGAUUCAUUUCUCUUUUAACUGAAGUGAAAACUCUACAUUGAGAGGCAUAUACCAACCUGUGUGAUGCUUUGUGUUUGUUUAAAAUACAAACACCUUCUAUCUACCAAGAGAGUGUUGGUCAAUGGAAGGAAUAUGCAGUAAUGAAAUGGUUUUUUCCUUGAUUAGAACAUUUUUUAUCAAGUGUAGUAUAAAGCUAUUUAGUCUUGUGUUGAAAAGAGAACUGGUGUGCUUUCAUUGACUGUGCUCCACAGUAAUUCAGGGAGUUCAGGGAGCCUCUGGAAAGGUGUUGAUCUGAAGUUUGUCCCUAACAUCUCCUGGGACUGAGACUGGUAUUUUGCAAGUCACCAUAAUUGAUUUUUUUUUUGAGGGGUGUCUUGAGUUUUGCUGCACAGGGUAACAGCUUUGCAGUUCAUUUCAGUAGUGUAUAAAUGUGGGCAGUGGGUUCUGCAUGGGCUGCUAAAUGUACAGACUCAUUCAAUUCAGUUUAACAGACAUGAAGUGUAACUUGUUAUCAUGAUUGGUUAGUGGAGGAAGGUGGAUAUACACUGAAGGCAGCUCCUCCAUGGGGCUUGUUGGACACUGGAAUGAGGCUGAAGUGGUAGGAUGUUCAUCCAUAGAGAGACAUUCAGAACUCAACAGGACUGAGCCCUGGGCCAGCUCUGGCUGGGAUAUUGAACUAUGUGAUCUUGACAGGUCUCCUUCAGCCUUAAUUAUUCAGCAAUUCCAAAAUGGGAUUUUAUUAGUUCCUUUGCUCCACUGCUGUUUAAACCAAAAAUAAAUGGAAAAUGGAUAGUUGUCUUUCUGAGCAAGUUGUAACCUCAGUAACUCCCAGCUUGCCUUUGCUUCUGAGGGCCUUGAUGUGGUGGUAUUAGACCACCAGAAAAAGGAUGUCUGUCUGUGAGCGUGCUUUUCCUCCUUAACUUGCAAUCCCUACUGGGGAAAAAAAAGCCAUUUAAAGGGAGUGCUCUAUUGCUUCAUUUCACUGCUGCACUUGCCAAGUGUCAGCUCUUGCCUUAUGUUUGGUAUUAUUACUUCUAGUGUCUCUUUUUAACAGGUAUAACAGAUUAUUUCUUACUCCAUUUCUUAGGAUCUUUCCUAGAUUUUCUCUUUUGCUUUUUUCCUUUAUGGGAAAGGGACAGCUGUUGUCCCUUCCUCUGCAUCUGACUGUAUACAGAAAUUAUAUUUUAGGGUGAACAGAAAUAGUGGUGGACAAGAUGUCAGAAAGGUGCUGUGUUUCAUACCUAUCUCAGUGCAUUUCCAUAGUGGUGCCCCCUAAAUACAUGUAGGCAUUUUGGAUAAGUGGAUAUAAUGCCUUUGGGUGCAUGACACAGCAGCCAAGAUGUAGAACUGUGUGAAAGCUGGGCCAAGCUGCACAAGGUUGCAGUAUCAGAUGUCACUAGUAGAUUUGGGAAAGAAACUUUUAGAAGCUGCACGAGCAGGUCAAGAUGAUGAAGUUCGCAUUUUGAUGGCAAAUGGAGCACCUUUCACCACAGACUGGCUGGGAACAUCUCCACUUCAUCUAGCAGCACAGUAUGGACAUUACUCCACCACAGAGGUGUUGCUGCGGGCAGGUGUGAGUCGGGAUGCCAGAACCAAAGUGGACAGAACUCCGUUACAUAUGGCAGCAUCAGAAGGCCAUGCCAGCAUAGUAGAAGUCUUACUUAAGCAUGGUGCUGAUGUCAAUGCCAAGGACAUGCUCAAAAUGACUGCACUUCACUGGGCUACUGAACAUCACCACCAAGAAGUUGUGGAACUCUUGAUAAAGUAUGGAGCAGAUGUUCAUGCUCAGAGUAAAUUUUGCAAAACGGCAUUAGAUAUCGCAGUAGACAACGGAAAUGAAGACAUUGCAGAAAUAUUACAGAUUGCAAUGCAGAACCAGAUCAACACGAACCCCGAGAGUCCGGACACGGUGACGAUACACGCAGCCACGCCGCAGUUCAUCAUCGGGCCUGGAGGGGUGGUCAACCUAACAGAUGAAACAGGAGUGUCUGCUGUACAGUUUGGAAAUUCAUCAACAUCAGUAUUAGCUACGUUGGCAGCUUUGGCAGAAGCAUCAGCUCCACUGUCUAAUUCUUCAGAAACACCAGUUGUGGCCACAGAAGAAGUUGUGACUGCAGAAUCUGUGGAUGGGGCCAUUCAGCAGGUGGUCAGUUCUGGAGGGCAGCAGGUUAUUACCAUAGUUACAGAUGGCAUUCAGCUGGGCAACCUGCAUUCCAUUCCAACCAGUGGCAUAGGGCAGCCCAUCAUUGUCACCAUGCCAGAUGGGCAGCAAGUGCUAACAGUUCCAGCAACAGACAUUGCUGAAGAAACUGUAAUAAGUGAAGAACCGCCAGUGAAGAGACAGUGCAUUGAGAUUGUUGAAAAUCGUGUGGAGUCUGCAGAAAUAGAAGAAAGAGAAACUCUUCAGAAACAGCUGGAUGAGGCAAACAGAGAAGCACAAAAAUAUCGUCAGCAGCUUCUAAAGAAGGAACAAGAAGCAGAGGCCUAUCGGCAGAAGUUAGAGGCAAUGAACCGCCUCCAGACUAAUAAAGAAGCUGUUUAAUAAAAAAUGAACACACUGCAAAGCCUGUUACUUUCAAAAACCUGCAGUACAAUCUUGAACUGUACACUAUAUAGGUACAGCCAUGGGAUUUCAUGAUAGAGAAGAUGCUACAAGUUGAUAACUGGACUUAAGCCGUGAGCUCUGAUUGAUUUCUUGUAACAUAAAAACUCUGAAUUUAGAAAUUGUGAAAAGUAUUUAAAAUUAAAUACUGUAAAUAGUUGGUUUUUUUACAGUUUCAAAAUGAGUUGAUAAAUCUUUUUGAAGGGAUCCAGAAACAUGAAAAGCCAAUGUUUUUGUGAAAUUUUUGAUUUUAGUAUGAAUCUAACUUCUGAAAAACAGAACAGUUUUAAGGGUGAUGUUGAUUUAAGCUGACAAUUUGAAAUUUGAUUAUGUGACAAAAUUAAUUGACAGUUAUUUCUACAUGAUAACAGCUCAACUUCUCUGAAUAAGACAUUUCCAGGUGGAAAUCUUUGUACAGCUUUAAGUAGUUGUCUCAGAUUCUCUGAAAACCAUUUUUGGUUUUUUUUUUAUUUUAGGUGGUGAAAUUUUUAUAUUUAAUUUCAGAUAUAUCCAAGUAGAUUUACAUGUAUAUGAAGCUAAUAUUUUUUAAACUUUUCAGUUUGUACAUAUGCUGCAUGUUUUUAUAAUUUCUACACAUACAUCUUGCAUAGGUAUUUUUCAGCAAAGAUGAGAAAAAUUAUGAGAAAAAUGUUUAGCCUAUAGGUCAUUUGAAGUAAGCUAGCAGCCAGUUUUAUUGUGGAUGGUAUAUUUCUUGGAAGAAUGUAAUUUGUAAUUAAGGAGAACAAAAAAGUAUCUUAAUUUACAUAUUAAGAAGCAAAAUUUGGUAGUGGAGGCGUCGAAACUUCACUUUGUGUGUCUUAUGAUUUUUCUGUACAAACAUUUUAAAGUUCAGUAAUGAAUAGAAAGGAAUGUCUCCACUGGAACACAAAUAGUAGCUAUUUUAGACUAUCCCUGUUGGUCUCUCUUCCCCAAUAGCCUUGAAAUUACUUCAGUGAUACAUUUUUUUUAACGGACUUUUGCAUUUUAAUUACGCAAUUGGACGAGUAAUUUUUUUUAUGUUGUAUUGAUGCUCUUCCUAGCCAGCAUCAUUGUUCCUCACUGUGAUACUGUGUUUGUGUGUGUCUGUGCAGUGAUCUAUUAUGCUUAAAAUUUAUAUGGCACGUUACAUCUUCAGAGCAUUGUAAAAUCUUUUAAAGAACCCUUACUGCUCUGCCUGAGGCAGGUAAGUGAGUGUUAUUGUCUCAAUUUUAUAACUGGUUUAAGUGCAACAUGAGGGAGUUAAAUGACUUACCACCACGUGAACCUGUGGUCACCUGGGAAUGGAUCUCAGGAGUUCCUGGCUUCUAGUCCUGUGCUUAGACUGAGCUGCCUUAAGAUUGUUCAGUGCUGUGUUACAUUAAAUUUUGAACUACUGUGCAGAUCUGUUUUUUGUAAGAUAAAACUCUUUGUGCUUUGCUUUGUUGUUCCAUGUUCACUGCUUUUAUGGAAUUGUUUAUAUAAACUUAAGCAAAACGUCUGGUUUAUCUAUACUGUACACGGAAGAAUUACCCUUAAAACUGUACUCUGGCCUACUUUUUCUAUUUUACAAUUAAAUAUCUUUUCCACAUAUAUAAA